AUGGAAAGUAAGGAGUAUACGGUGGGUGAAUUGCUGCGCAUUGCUUUAGGUGCGCCCACGUUAAACAAAGAAAAUCUAGUUAUAUUACAUGCGAUUUUUCUUUUCCUUUUGGAAAAGCUAAAUUGUCGCAACGAAAUAGUCACCAUAGGUGGAAUAGGGGCGGAAUGCUUAUCAAAAAUGAUAUGGGAAUGUCGCGAUCCGCCAAUGAAGUUUAAACCUGCGAUGCAAAUUAAUUGCGAUAGCCCGGCAAGUUUGAUUGAUCUGGAGGAACGUGCGUUGGAAGUGCAGGAGAAAUUGGAAAAGCAUUUCGAAUUGAUACGACAGAAUGGCAAAAGUAUGGAUCAUUUAUUUUCGAGCCUGGAAUGGGGCCAUUACACUAGCGAAUAUGAGGAUUUAUGCCGCAUUCCGGGCGUUGUAGAAAGUGAAGAUUGCAUGUUGGUUCAAAAUGGUUAUUUCAAUCGGCAUCUACGUCGAAAUAUGCUACUUCCAGUAUUCAAAAAUAUGACGCGUUUAGAAAACCGUGUCGAAGAAGUGCAAAAACGUAUUAGACGUUUCAAUGAAAAAGCUUAUGAAACACAUGAAAAUUUGAACUUAGUUGGGCCGCUAAUAACCAAUAUCCACAUUAUGAAGACACAGGUCAACGAAAAUAAUUUAAUAUUUUUAGAUGCUGUUCGUGAAUUAAACGAAAUGCUAUACGGAAAAUUGGAUCGUAUACAUUCGCCUUGUUUAGUGAAUUACAUAAAAAAGCGCUCGCAAUUUACUCGUGAAAUUUUAAAAGAAAUAAAACAAGGCCCAAUAACUUGCAAGCCAUUAAAACCAUUAAAGAUAAGCGGCGAUAAAUGUUUGUCGUGCGGUAAUCAAAAUAUUGAUUGGAAAAAAAUUUCAGAUCGCAAGAAAAUGAAAGUCGAGUGUGAUUACGAGAAAGGAAAAAUUUGCCCGAGGACUUUUAAGGUGCGAACACCUCAACAUUUUGAGGAUUAUGAAAAGAAACCGGAACAUUUAAUCUAUUCAGGUUCAAUAAGUUUCGAUCUAGACGAUAAACACGAUUCUAUUGUCAGUUUCGUUACAAAUGAUAGCACCUCUCUCAUUACGAAUAUAACGCUAUAG